CGCGCGGUGUCGAUGGAGCCGAAGCAGGCCACGACCACGUACGACCUCACAGCCAAGACCAUCACCCCGAUGGGUGGCUUCGUGGGUUACGGUACGGUGCGCAACGACUACGUGAUGCUGAAGGGUUCCGUCGCGGGCCCUCGCCGCCGCGUCAUCACGCUGCGCCGCCCAAUGGCCCCGCAGACGUCGCGCAAGCUUACGGAGCAGAUUACGCUGAAGUUCAUUGACACAAGCUCCAAGAUUGGCCACGGCCGCUUCCAGACGAAGAAGGAGAAGAGCCAGUGGUACGGCCCGUGCAAGAAGGACCGCAUCCGUCGUGAGGAGCGCGUUCGCAAGGAGCGUGCGGCCCGCGCUGCGGAGCGCAAGGCGAAGGGCGGUGCUACCACCGCCGCCGCCGCCCCAAAGAAGGCCAAGAAGUAG